GUGGUGUGUGCGUGUGGGGGGGGGAGCGCUUCCCGCCCCGCGCCUGAAAACCUCUCUGACAAGUGGCAAAGCGUUAGCAGAGCACGCUGCUCCCUCCGAAGGGCGGGUGGAAGCCGCGGGGGCUCGCCCCCCGCUCCCAGCCCUGCUGCCGGCUUUCGGCUCCUCGCCCCCCCCCCCCCCCGCCCCUGCUGCGGGGCUGAGUCGCGACCCGCUGCCGGGCAGCGUGCGGUGCGGGCUGCGGUGCGCGCCGGCGCUUCGCCUGGAAAGUGUGUGAGCCGGUCGCGGGCUUUUCUUCUACUUGCCGCGUUUAUUUUUAUUUUUAUUUUUUAACUAUUUUUCUGCAUUUUCCUUAUUUAUCUUCUCGUACUUUAUUGUCACUGUUUUUGUUGCCGCUGUUUGUAAACUAAUUGCCUCCAUGGGGGGCGGAGGAAAGGAAAUCAAAGCUGCCGCAGCUGAAGGGUGUAAAAGCAUGCUGGGGAAGAGCCGAGGAGCCGCAGGACGGGAUGGCAGCGGGAAGCCCGGCUGCGGCGGGGACCGCUGCCCGCGGCGGGCCGGGCCGUGCGGCUCGGCGCUGGCGGCUCUCCUCUCGGCGCUGGCGGCGGCCUCCUGCGUCUACCUGGGGGUGCGGACCAGCGACCUCCAGGCCAGGGUCGCGGCCAUCGAGGGCGCCCGAGGGGGCUUCUCUGCCGCCGCCCCGCUCCCGCCGCUGCCCGGCUUUUCCCUGGAGCAGCUGAACGCGAUGAUGCAGGAGAAAGUGGAGCGACUUCUCGCCCAGAAAUCCUACGAGCACUUGGCAAAAAUACGAGUAGCGAGAGAAGCGCCUCCAGAGUGCAACUGCCCACCAGGUUGCUGAAUCAUCACGUGUGAAAGUAGUUGUGAAAACAUCAAUUUGCAACUGAAGUAACCUUUUGAGAACUCUUUUGAAGG